AUGGAUGUACGUUCUCUUCCAGAUCGUCAAAUUAAUAAUGUUGCUGACGAGGACAAAUCAGAUUCAUUUACAUUAAUAUGGUUAGACCAAAAUUGUGGAGAAGAUCAUAUAGAUAGUUUACAAACAAAAGUACUAUUAAAACAAAUUGAUGAUAAAUGUCUUUUCUAUAAUAAUAUUGAUGAAUUUUGCAAUGAUUUAGAAAAAAAUCAUACUUUCGAAAAAAAUUUUUUAUUAAUUGUAUCUGGUUCAUAUGCUAAAAUACUUUUAAAUAAAUUUCGUGAUAAACGCUUACCAUUGAUUAUUUUUUGUAAAAAAUAUGAUGAAUAUAAAAAGCACUUAAAUCAGCCUUAUAUUAUUGAUAUUUGCACAGAUUAUAAUUCAUUAAAAGUAUCAAUCGAACGCUUUGGACUAUCAUUAAAAAGUAAUCUACUUGAAAAUCGUCGUUUAAAUACAAUAUUAACAUUAAGAACAACAUCAUAUAAUAAUACAAAUACACUUUAUUCAUAUAUUUUAUUUAUUGAAAUAUUAAAACAAUCAUCAAAUAUUAUUCAAGCAAAAGAUUCAAUGGUAAAACAAAUUAAAAACUAUUUUCGACAUAAUCCUACACAAACUUCAUAUAUUGAAAUAUUUGAUAACUCAUAUAAAUCAGAUGAUGCAAUCGAAUGGUAUACAAAAGAGACAUUUGUUUAUCCAUUAAUUAAUAAAGCAUUUCGAACUGAAGAUUCAGCAAUUUGGUAUACAUUUCGAUUUUAUAUUAGUGACUUAUGUAAACAAAUUGAAGAAGUUCAUCGACAACAAAAUAAAAAAGAACAAUUCAUUGUUUAUCGUGGACAAUCCCGUCUACCUAGAAGAGAGUUUCAUAAUAUUACUUCAAAUUGUGGUGGAUUAAUUUCUUGUAAUGGAUAUUUUUCAACAUCCAAAUCAUUUGAUAUCGCGAAAAUCUUUAUUAGUGAUGCUACAGACACUGAAGAUUUUCAUGUAGUGAUUUUUGAAAUAACUGUUAAUGCAAAUGAAUUAAAACAUACAAUAUUUGUCGAUAUCAAUCAAUUUCUAGAUAAAGAUAAUCCUGAAGAAGAAAUUCUUUUUAAUAUUGGAACAGUUUUUAAAAUUGAUAGUUACCAAAAAGAAGAAGAAUUUUGGCGAAUUCGAAUGCAUGUUUCUGAUGAAUGUAUUAUGGAUAUAAAACAACGAAUCGAACCGAUUCUAAAGAAAUUAUCAACAAUAAAUAUAAAUCUUUUUCUUGGAAAAUUAUUAAUUGAUAUGCAUCAAUAUGAUAAAGCUGAGUCGUAUUUUAAUAUGAAUUUAAGAAAUUUACCUAAUCCGAAACAUGCAGAUCGACCACUCAUUGAUGAAUAUUUGGGUGAUUUACAAAUGCGUAUGAACAAUUACAAUAGUGCAUUUGAAUAUUUUCAAUCAUCAUAUAAAGAAAAAGAAAAAAUCAUUUCCACAGAUGAUCCUAAUAUGUUUAUUACUUACAACCAUCUUGGAAAUUACUAUAAAGCUACUGGUGAUCUAAAAACAGCCGAGGAAUAUUACAACAAAAUGUUGGAUCAUGGAAAAAGUCCAGUUAAUAUAGCAAUAACAAAAUUAAAUCUUGCAACAAUAUCUUUUUUAAAAAAGAAAUAUUCUAAGGCACAACAAAUGUGUUUCGAUGCACGAGAAAUCUUUCAUCAAUUUCAACCAAUACCUUAUGGAGAUAUUCUUGCUUGUCAAGGUGUUUUAGGUGAUAUUUAUUUUCAAAAAAAACAAUAUGAUAUUGCUGAAAGUUUUUAUCUCGUUGCAUUUGAAAUGGGGAAAAAAUAUUUAUCAAUUGGCGAUCCACGAUUAAUUCAUUGUGUUUACGCACUUGCUGAUGUUUAUCAUAAACAAAACAAACAAACUUGUGCAAUUAUAUUUUGUCAAGAGCAAUUAACUAUUCAUGAAAAAUAUUUAUCAAAUCCAGAACAUAUUUCUAUUGGACAAAUUCUUCUGAAAAUGGGUGAUUUAUCAAAUGAUACUUAUUAUUAUCGAAAAGCAAUGAUUAUCUUUAACAAUAAUAUAAGGUAUGAUUAUUUAUCAACUGCCAAAUGUCUUAUGAAAUUAGCAGAAUUGGAUAAAAAUGAUCAAAGUAAUAUUCAACAAGCAUUGGAAAUCUAUCGGAAAAUUUACCCACCUAAACAUACAAUAUUAAUUAAAACAGAAAAAGAAUUAAUGAAAUUGGAAAAAAGAAAAAAAAUGCGUAAAAAUACAGUAGAAAAAAAUAGUUCCGAACCGACAGCUAAUCGAAACGAUCAAGAAGAUCAAGAAGAUCAAGAAGACGAUGAUGUGUUAUUGGAUUCAAAUCAAAAUGAUCAAGAAGAAGAUGAUGUGUUAUUAGAUUCAAAUCGUAAUGAUAAAAAAUGUAGACGAGACAAACUUUCUUAUAUAAAAAUUAUUUGA